AUUUUUGUGUUUUGGGAUAAAUGAGUUGUCCAGCAUUUGGGUAAGUGCUAUUAAUAAAUGAACUCAAAUCAUGAAAUCCUUAAAUGAAGUUAUUGAACUCAUUGUGAGUUUAAUGCUUAUUCAACACGUGGCAGAAAGUGUGACGACCUUUUUUUAAAAAACUUAAACUAUAAAUAUUCUUCAAUGGCUGACUUACUCUGGUUCAAGACAGUCGACAGAAACCUCCCUUCGAAAUUUACAAACGACUGCCCCCAAAAAUGUGGCUGCUGGAGGCUUCGACUGCAUGUGAGGAUCUGCACGUAGCAGUCAGAGCCAUUCAGAUCCAGCGAGAGAAAAGCAGCGUUAGCUGCAGCUGGCCAGCACUGCACCGGAACACGUCAGAUAGGAAGAAUCACUGCACCGGUCUAUUCAUCUCCUCCAGCCCGUUAUCUGUGUGGCUGUAACGGUGCACAGGGACUGUCAUCCGAGGUUUUGGUUUGCAACAACUCUGGAAGCAGCACCUGCACUAAGUGAGAAUGGAGCUGUUUUGUUGGUCAGUCCUGUUGCUGAGCUACGUGCAGUUGCUCUCUGCCAACAAUGACUUCUACACCUCCAUAGGUCAAAUGACGGAUCUCAUAUACACAGAGAAAGACCUUGUCACGUCCCUGAAGGACUACAUCAAGGCCGAGGAGAACAAGCUGGAGCAGGUUAAACAGUGGGCCGAUAAGUUGGACUCACUGACGGCCGCAGCCACUCAGGACCCUGAGGGCUUCCUGGGUCACCCUGUGAACGCCUUCAAACUGAUGAAGAGACUCAACAGAGAGUGGAGUGACCUGGAGAGUCUAGUACUCAGCGACACGACCGACGGUUUUAUUUCCAACCUGACCAUCCAGAGGAAGUACUUCCCCACAGACGAGGACCAGACUGGCGCCGCCAAAGCCCUGCUCAGAUUACAGGACACGUACAGACUGGACGCCAACACCAUCUCUGUAGGGGACCUACCAGGAGUGACACACAAGACCAAGAUGACGGUAGAAGACUGCUAUGAACUGGGGAAAAUCGCCUAUUCUGAAGCAGACUACUACCACACAGAGCUGUGGAUGGCACAGGCCCUGAGGCAGCUGGAUGAAGGAGAAGAGUCCACCUUGGAUAAAGUGAUAGUGCUCGACUAUCUGAGCUAUGCUAUCUACCAGCAGGGGGAGAUAGAGCGUGCCUUAAAACACACCAAGAGGCUGCUGGAACUGGAUCCAGAGCACCAGCGCGCCAGUGGCAACUUGAAGUACUUUGAGUUCCAGUUGGAGAAACAGAGAAAGGCUGCAGAGGAAGAAUCCCAAAAGGAGAAGGUGCAAAAGAAGAGAGAAACAACAGAAAAAAAGAGCAAACCUAAAAAGCCUGCCUUUAGUUUGAUUCCAGAGAGGAAGAAGUAUGAGAUGCUUUGUCGUGGCGAAGGAAUCCGAAUGACGACUCGAAGGCAGAGUCGACUUUUCUGCCGCUACUAUGACAGCAACCGCAACCCCCACUAUUUGCUUUCGCCUGCAAAACAGCAAGACGAGUGGGAUCGGCCGUACAUUGUCCGCUACCUUGAUGUUAUUUCCGAAAAAGAAAUGGCGAAGGUUAAGGAGCUGGCCAAACCACGACUGCGCAGGGCCACCAUCUCCAACCCCAUCACAGGAGUGCUGGAGACAGCGCCUUACCGCAUCAGCAAAAGGCGAGCCACGGUGCAUGACCCCCAAACUGGGCAACUCACUACAGCUCAGUACAGAGUCUCCAAGAGUGCUUGGCUCACUGGCUACGAUGACCCCAUGAUUGACACGAUCAAUGAGAGGAUUGAAGCUCUCACGGGACUGGAAAUUGACACUGCAGAAGAGCUGCAGGUUGCCAACUAUGGUGUUGGUGGUCAGUAUGAACCUCACUUUGACUUUGGAAGGAAAGAUGAACCAGAUGCCUUUAAAGAACUGGGCACUGGGAACCGCAUAGCAACGUGGCUUUUCUAUAUGAGCGACGUUGCAGCAGGUGGAGCCACAGUUUUCCCAGAUGUUGGUGCAGCAGUUUGGCCCAAAAAGGGCACUGCAGUGUUCUGGUAUAAUUUGUUUGCCAGCGGGGAGGGCGACUACAGCACUCGACACGCAGCUUGUCCCGUGUUAGUGGGCAAUAAGUGGGUAUCAAACAAAUGGAUCCACGAACGGGGUCAGGAGUGGCGAAGACCUUGUGGCCUUAAUGAAACUGAAUGAUAGAGAGAGUGAACUCCUCUUCACUUCCCCCACUCCUCCACCACCUCCACCUCCACCUCCUCCUCCACCGCCCCUUCCUUGGGCACCAGAGAACACUGCUGCAGAUGGCAGAUGAUACAUGUGGAAACAUGGCGUCCAAACGGCUAACUCCGACUUUACUGAAAGAGUCCUGUGUGUUCCAGCAGUUCCACUGCAAACCAUUAGACGCCUCGCUGUGACAGAUGACAUGUUCUUCAGGUUGUUUGAUGGUUUGACAAAAAAAAAAAACCAAACUCUUCUCUGUCCUUUUCACUCCCAGGUUCUUCUCCUUUGCACUCUGUUUGAACUCUUGCUCUGUGGUGAGGUAGUGUCUGUCAGGACCAGCCUCCACUAUGCCAUUUUAAUCCUUAAAGGGACAGUUUACAUUUUUUUACAUGCAGGCCUGUCUGAUUUGUCAUAUUCUUUUUCUUUUUCUUAUUUUCUUUCUUCAUACGAGACUCUUGGAUCUGAUAUUUUGAGGCAGUGAAAAUCUUCUCUCACUAUUGUAUUUCAGAAAGAAAUAUACAGAAGACUAAUGCACAAGCAACUACUCUAGUUACACUUCAAACUUUUAACACUAAAGUCAGUGCUAAAACAGGACGUCAGAUAAUAAUAAUAAAAACUAAAAUCUGAUUCUCCUCAUACAUUUACAUCACAGUAUUGCAUUUUGGGUAUUUUGCUUACUCAUAUCGACCAGGGUAUUUUUUUUCUUUCAUUUUAAAUAAAACACUAUUGUGAAUGUUUGUAACGUGAGGUUUGUACAAAUAGUGGCCACUUCAUUAGGUACCUUUUGCUAACGUGAGGUGGGUCCAAAUUGGUCUCCACCAUCGUACAUACCUAGGUAUUACAUUUAUGCCACAUUAGUGGCUGAUUUUCUUCUUCUUCUUUUAUUUUCAUUGAAGCCAAAUUGAACAAACGUACCUAAUGAUUUGACCAUCAUUGUAUGCUGCCUACACUAUGGUGCCACGUUACUUAGACCUGAGUUUUUCCCGUUUGGUCCGGUGUUUUCAGUUUUUUUGCUUGAAAAGAGAUUAUUUCUGUUUUGUGACAGUGUCUGUGGUGACCAGUGCCUUUCAUUGAGACAAUAUACAUUGGUUUUUCAAGGAAGAGGUCUUUUUUUAUUUAUAUGCCCCAAACUGUUAUUGUGUUUAUUUUUAAAUGAAAGUCUGCGAUUUUUUUUUAUUAUUCAAUAAUAAAACUGUACUGUUGAUUUCAAGAUAAAA